UGAGUUCACUUACCCAGGUUUGUCACUAAACCACAUACUUGGAAUACCCCCCAGAGGCACAGAGAAAAGUGUCAUACUGUUUUUUUUAUAAAACAUGCUGUACAAUUAUUAUUCAACAAGGGCAUCAUAAUAGAAUUCAAUAUCUCCCCUAUGAGUUUUUUUUAGAAAAUACAAAUUGUAUUCAUUAAUGAUUUGCUUUUAUAAACUUGUAUAAAACUCACACGCAGAACAUAAUAAUUAUGCUGAUUAAAAUGAUCUUCUUUUGAAAGUUCUGCACGUGAAUGUCCUCUUUGGCAGAUAAUGUAAAAGGAAACAAACAGGAAAAAAAACAAUGAAAAAGAAAACAAACAGCAUUGUGCGCGUUGAGCUGAACAAAGAGGGUCCGUCGCUUUCAAGAGCCCGUCCAAAACAUAUGGACGCUCUGAAAAUGACCCCUCUGACGUCACCAUCCAGGGGACAGCAUGUCCAAUCAAUGACAGCUGCUCCCUAUAGCCAAGCCCUUGGAGCAUGGGCAGAGGCUCCCUGACAAGAAUGACAGCUCUACCCGGACCACCGCCUCAAAACACAGUACUGGGACUAGCAAUAUGCAGGGAGGGAGCAACAUUCCACACCCCUUGUCCACUUGCACCUUGGUCAUCUCAGCUGAUGAGUGACUCGAUGACUUGGUGUGCUGGCAAGAGGCCUCGUGGCCGAGCCGCUAUGGGCCGCCUUAGGCUUCCUGAUCUGUCAGGGUCAAUUACCAUAAUCUGGCUGGUGCCUUAAAGAGAGCUGGUGCCUGACCUUAAAGGGAAGAGAGCACAGGCUAGCAACAGGUGGUGGGUGGACAGGUGCUUUGACCAUGCCCACACUCAGACACACCACUUUGGCACUUUGAUCUGUUCGCUUCUGUUUUCUUCUCUGUCUGUCAUUCUCUCCCUCUUUCGUUCUUUUCCUCUCUUUCUUUUUUUUAUUUCUUGUUCUCUCAUUUUUUCUUCGACAAACAAAGCCCUCGCUGGCCGAUCUGAUCUGGUGCACACACGCACUGACCCAGCACCAUGUCAGACUCGGUGACACCGCGCCUCUCCGCCUGCGAGAUGACCUCGUCAUAGUUCAGGUGCUCCGGCGUCGGCAGGGGCACAGCGCUGCACUUGUCGCCCCGAGGACCCCUCUCUCUCUCUCUCUCUCUCUCUCUCUCUCUCUCUAUCUCUGCUCGGCUUGUUUAUAAAUAUCUCUCUGAGCGAAGCCCCCACUGGACAUCUCUUCGCUGUCAAGGUGCCAGGGAGUGUGAGAAGGAUCUUUUUUUUCCCCUCUCUCUCCUCCUCUCCACUCUCUCUCACACCACCCCCCAACACUCCCACCCCUCCCCUCGGGCUAACCAGGCUGGACACAGCGAAGGAUCUGGGCAAGCCUCUGGGAACAGAGGGGUUGCAGGGAAAACUCUGGAAACUGGGACCCGGUGGAAGAAAGGAAGGAAGGAGGAGAGAAAGAAGGCCACCUGACGGAGAGACGGGGAGCAGGCAGCGUGCCCUGCACCACAGAGCAUGGGGGCGUCUUAUGGAAAGAAAAAGAAGGCCUACACUAUAGAGCCCCAGUGUGUGAAAAACGGAAACCACCUGAAUGGCAAAGCCUCUGCCUACGCAGACCUGCAAUGGGAGGCUCCCCAGUCAGAGGUGGCUCAGAGGGACCCUUUCAGCAGCUACCCGCACCAAGACGUCCCCCCAGUGGCCAGCUACGCAGCGCAGACAGAUUACAUGGAAGAGGAAGAUGAUCUCAUCAAGCCCAAAAAGCUUGUUAAUCCAGUGAAAGCCUCCAGAAGCCACCAGGAGCUCCACAGGGAGUUGCUCAUGAACCAGAAACGGGGUGUGGAGCCGAAGCCGGAGCUGCAGCGCGUCCUGGAGCAGAGAAAGAGGGAGCAGAUGAUCAAGCAGCGGAAGCAGGAGGACGAGGCCAGGAAGAAGAUCUCCCCGCUGGAGCAGGAGCUACUCAAGAGGAGGCGCGAGCUGGAAGAGCUGGAGCGUGAACAGGAGCAGCAGGAAACAGGAAACCAGAACGCACCUGAGUUCAUCAAGGUGAAGGAGAACCUGAGGAGGACGUCGUUUAUAAACACGGGAGAGAAAGAGGUGUGAGGACAGACGCCCACGAGCCACACGGCUAAGAGCCAGAGGAGAACCGGAGGAGAACCGGAGGAGAACCGGAGGAGAACCGGAGGCGUCCGUCGUCAGUGUGAUUUCUGCUCUGUGCGCUUGUGUGAUUGGAAACAGAUGCGUGUGUGUGUGUGUGUGUGUGUGUAUGUGUGUGUGUGAGUGUGUGUGUGUGUGUGUGUGUGUGUGUGUAGGUGUACGUGUGUGAGUGUGUAUGUGUGUGUGUGUGUGUGUGUGUGUGUGCAGCUGCUGUACAACACCGUGGGCCUGAGAGGCGGGCUGGCCACCAAUGCCUUCACCAUCACACACACACAGAGCAGCGCGGCCUGGGAUGGACGACGCUAAACCUGCCAUUUUCAUACACCUUCUCAGUCUCACUAAACCAAUGCAAAGGAGCGGAGUGCUGAGGAAGACAGUGCACACGACAUGUCCUAAAAUGAUGAUGAGUUGCAGCAUGUUCUAACACGUUGGAGGACCAGAAUGUACAGUUUGAACCUUCUGUGUGAACGUUUGUGCUAUUUCUUUUGGGGGGGAAUUGCCCCAAAGAAGUCUGAAAUGAGGAAUAAUUCAUUGAAUCUGAAAGAGUUAGAUUAGUGCAUGGAGAUCUUAGUUUCUGCUGUAAGAGAGAUGGACCUGUUCUCUGAAUGUGUUCGACGGCUCUGCUUUGACCCAGACAUAUUUCUUUGUGUCUUGGCAUUAAGACAAUUAGUUUUUUAAUGUAUGCCAGCUGUUGUGAGUAGUGUGGCCACAGGGUUUGGGCACAAGUGAUCAGGGGGCAUAAAACAGUGUUAUCAUCAAACCAGGCACAGUGCGAGGAUUGUUAAUUUCACAGCUGCCAAAUACCCUAAAGAAGACGCAUUGCAGGACAGACUACCUAAAACACUUUUCCUUGCCAGAUACAAUCGGCACAAGUCACUUUUUAGAGUAAAAAAAAAAUAAAGAUAGAACACACUCUUUCUCCCCUUCUGAAAGGAACGCAAAUAUCAUCAUUUGUCAUCGUUUGUAAAUACGCUGUGGAAUUGUUCUAGUUACUUACCAUUGCACAGUCAUGACACAGUGGGUGUAUGCAGUCCCAGAUCUGGUCAGGUGUGUGAGAGGGAGGAGAGACUAUUUCUGCAUCUCUCCACUUCAGUGCCUUCACCGCUGUGCACAGCAGUGGUGUACCAAGCUGACCUACAGUAGGCAUACGGGCCAAAGUCACAGCUGCAGUGCUUCAGUAUCGAAAUCAGCGUGUUGAAAUGCAAAACAAAUGCUUUUUCCUGUAGCUAUCUUAACGUAUUUAGGUUUGUAUGACAAUUAAACAAUGGUCAACACUGUUUUUCUACAAGAAGAAAAUACUCAUUCGGCACUUUAGAAUUGUACAUUUUAAUAAUCGUUUGAGUCACAUAACUGAUUUUUAUUUUAUAAGAAUGAUGAUAUACUGUCUUAACUAUAUAAUUUCACAGUUUUAGGAAACCAGUCGGUACUCUACUUUAUUAAGGUGUUCUGGGUAUGCCAUUUUGUUUUCAUAUAGUGUUAUUUUUUGCCUUUAAAUGGUCCUCAAGCCACUUAAUGCCAGUCAGUACACUUGCAUUUUGGUGUAGAUAUUUCUUCCUUUUUUCCUGUUUGAUUUUGCUUUUGUUUUUCUUUGGGGCUGGGGGUGGGGGGUGGCGUGUUGGUUUGUAUGUCUCAUGAAAUAUCUAAUCACACACACUUCAAGUGUCCAGUGCUUAACAUCACAAUAUGUAAAAUUGAAACAAGGAAAAGAAUGUACGACUUUAUAUAACAAUAAAACAUUAACUCUA